CUUGUGCACUGUUCGAUUCCGUCCCACAAAAGUCUCUCGCCUCCCUCAAUCCCCUUUGCACCGCGUCGCCGAAACCCCCGCCUCCUCAUCCUCCGCACGCCUCCAAGCCAAGCCAAGCCAAGGCCGUCGGUCUUCGCCGCCUCCUCCGACGGCCCCCUCCUCUGCCUGUUCCUCACGCCCUUGAAGCGCCGGCCUGAUGCGAUUCCGUCCCUCGCUGUAAUCAAGCCCUAGCCCGCUUCGAUUAUCGGCUCUCCGUGGGCAAUCGAGAAUUCCGCCGGAUAUUUCUUCUCCAAUAAUCUACCCAAGGUAUCGUUUCCAGGAGCCCUGCCCCCAGAGUAGCCAAGAGGCCGGCGUCAGGGGCUGAUUUGCUGCUACUUUUGAGGAGUUGGGACCCUGUCGGUGGCCCGUCGGCUGCAGGGUCUUGGUUCGUGGAGUUCUUUUCAGGGCUUUUCUUGGGGGUCAUGGGAGCUUUCUGCUCGUGUUUGCAAGCCGAUUACUCCGACCACCAUGGCAACGAGACUUCUGGUGCGUUUAGGAACUGCAUGUGCCUCAGGUGUUUUACCCAGCAGCUGAUCAAUGCUUACACUGUUUUAUUCCGAGUUGGAACGGUCCACUCUGUUUCUCAAGCUAUAGAAGCCACCCCACUUGAUUCAUCUGAAAGUUCAUUCGAUACAUAUCGUUCACCUCCAAGACCACUGCCAUAUGAUGAUCCUAGAUUCUCCCCUCCUCUGCGCGACUGGUUUGCAUCAAGGCAUGAUCCUUCAAGCCAUUCACCAGAGGAAUCAGAACCACUCAGACCAAAUUAUGAUGCGGAGAUGGAAACGAUGAGUUCAGUCGACAAGCCAAGUAAAACAAACUAUGACACAAAAAUGAAAAGAAGCAGCUCUGCUUACGGAGAUAAGUUGUCCCGAAAGGAAUCUGGAAAUUAUUUCACCUACUUUUCUCCAUCUACUGAAGAUGAAGAUGUCUGCCCAACAUGUCUUGAAGAUUAUACUUCGGAGAAUCCUAGGAUAGUAAUGCAGUGCUCACAUCACUUCCACCUUGGCUGUAUCUAUGAGUGGAUGGAAAGAAGUGAGGCAUGCCCUGUUUGUGGAAAGAAAAUGGAGUUCAACGAGACGACUUAGACCUCAGACUGGACUAAGUGUCUUGAAUUAACAUCUCAUAUGGGAACCUGAAAAUAUAAGUACCUAGUCCUGCAAAUACUCUGUAAAUACACCUUUGUAAGUAUUGAAUCAGCAGCGUGCUGUAUUUAGUAUACUGGAAUUCUUGAUAUGUUGGAACGGUGCAUAUAAACAUUUCUUUCUUUUAUUUUUCUUUUAAAUGGCCGGCAGGGGAAACUUGUUCCCCUUGGUUUGUGCCUCAGCGCUGUUGCGACAUGUUUUGAUUCUCAAGUGAUAGUCACUGGGAGCCUGUAAGCUGAUGAUAUUUGUUAAUAUAAUAAUCAUAUGAAUCC